UAUUCCUUAUGCCGUAACACCCACCUAAGCCAUGGGGGAUUGGCCUGACAAGCCUCUAGAAUCUAGAAAACAGACGCGACUCUGCAAGACAUUUAGUGGGUCAGCCAACCAUGUGGCGACAGUUACGAGGCGAGCAAGACGACUACGCGAGAUUCGUCCAGCAAGCGACAUGACAGCCUACACAUUUACAUCUUAGCCAGUACAUCCCUACCUCACGGUUCUUCGGGGAGAUGAGGGCUUAGCACACCGCUCGCAGCAGCAAUUCCGCGUGAUCGUGAAGCCUUUGCCCCGCAGGAACCGCCUAAAGCAUACUAGGUACGCAGCCUCGACAAAGGCAUCGUCAGCGAUUCGGAAUCCGACCGUUUGGUCCCAAUCCGAGCCACUUGAAUAACGGCCCAGCGCGUUACCCAACAUGCAGAUCUCACUUGCCCUUCGCACAGUCGAACGCGUUACAAUAAUCACCGUUAGCUCGCUUAGGGAUGCGGGGAUUCUCGGGGCUCCUGGAAGGGGUCAGUCUGGCCUUGGGACGGCCUCUGGCGACUGCAGCGAAGCGUUUCGGCGAUUUCAGAGGUCGCCACAUCGCCGCCCCCGCCAGGCGAUGGCGACGACCACUGCUGCACGUCCAAGCAGGAGCAGGUGGAUCUUGUGUCCUCUGUGAGUCACUCUCCCUGUCUUCACUGUCCUGUGAGACAGGCAUUUCUGUUUCCGUGCCCUCGCGGCUUGACGUUCCGAAUUAACCUCUGCCACACGUCCACGCAGGAGCAGCUCGAUCUGCUCUCCACUGUGAGCCCGCCCUCGUGCCUUGAGUGCGCUGUGACUGACUGCAUUGUCUCCACACCUCUAGCCCGUAUGGCCGCUGCCACACGUCCAAGCAGGAACAGCUCCAUCUACUCUCCACCGCGAGCCUACCUUUCUACCUUGAGUGCGCUGUGAGACCAGCGGUUUACAAGGGGUUUAAUUUGCAGCCGCCUGCUGGAGGGAAGCGUGAUGACAGCCAGGUUGCUUUCCGUUUCAAGAUGCCACACGUCCAAGCAAAGCCACGCCUCUUGCUUUCUCUCUCUUCUGGCACUGAGUGUAGGCGAUGGGAAGCCUAAGAGAGGAGGUCCUAGCACGUGACCGCCAUCGUGAGGCGGGCUGAGCAUUCCUCCUGUAUU